GCGCAUCACUCAAGCCACCAGAAUCAUUCGCCCAAAUUCGCUCAGCAGGUGCCUAUUUCCAGAGUGCUAUGAGGUAUGGAGCCCUUCACGGCUUUGAGCCUCGCUGGCAACGUUAUCCAGUUUGUGGACUUUGGAAUGAGGCUACUGUCCGAGACUCAUGAGAUUUACCAAUCACCCUCCGGUUCAUCAACAGGAAUCAUCGAAAUCGAAUCCAUCUUCCAAGACCUUAGCAACUUGGGUGCCAAGUUGAAAAUAUCUUCCAUAUCGCCUUCCAAACCAUCAGGUAUAUCUCCAGAGGAGCAGGCGCUUGUCGAACUUGCAGGCUCUUGUAAAAGGCUCGCCGAUGACCUCCUUGCCACCAUUAAAGAUCUCAAAGUCAACGACGGCCCGAAUCGAAAAUGGAGGAGUUUCCGCCAGGGACUUAUAACUUUGUGGAAGAAGGACAAGCUCGACGCCGUUCAGAAGCGAUUGAAUAACUUCAGGAAGCAACUCUCUCUUCAGCUUUUGGCAAUUCUAAGAGAUGAUCAAUCCGAUCUUCUUCAGGAGGUCAAGAUGUUGUGCUCUGAAUCGAGAUUCCUCAAUGCCGAUAGAGAAGAGCAGCUCAACCGACUUUCCCAAGAUCUUCAAGAUGCUCGAAUGGAGAUUGCGAGAGCGGGGACUGCAGAGAAACUGGCUCAGCUGUUUGAUAAAUUCUCUGCAUUAACUGUUCGAGCGUCAGUAGUAGCAACCGAGCAUGCAUUUCUCAAGAGUCUUGAUUUUGUCACGCUGAAAGUUCGCCUUGAAAGAAUACCAGAUGCCUAUGCGAAGACAUUUAAUUGGAUUUUCAAUCCGGGCGAUUCAAAAUCCAGUCCUGAAUUCUAUGAGUGGUUGAGAUCCGAGAAUGGGGUUUACUGGAUCUCUGGAAACGCAGGGUCAAACAAAUCAACAUUGAUGAAAUAUCUCACCAGCCAUGCAAGGACCCGGACUGGCCUCAAGGAGUGGGCGGGCAACAGAAAGCUUAUAAUUGGAAGUUAUUUCUUUUGGAAUGCAGGUACGACCUUGCAGAAGUCCUUGGAGGGGUUGCUCCGGUCUUUACUUUACGAAAUCCUACGUCAGUGUCCCGACCUCAUUCCUGUCGUUUGCCCCUCUCGUUGGUCGUCAGUUGACAGAAACGCGAUGGAUCAUGGACGAUGGAGUUUUGAAGAAUGUUCAGAAGUAAUGGAGCGAGUAAUCAGCCAAGACUCCAGCUCGGUGAAGUUUUGUUUCUUCGUCGAUGGACUUGACGAGUUCGAAGGGGAUCACCUGGAAGUCAUUCAAACCCUCAAGGCUCUGACAGAGGCUACAAACAUCAAGAUAUGUAUUUCCAGUCGACCAUGGAAUGUUUUCAAAGAUGCAUACGGACGUGGCUUGAAUAGAGAACUUGCUUUGCAAGACUGGAAUCAGCCGGAUAUCGAGGUCUAUGUUCGAAAUAAACUAGACAAACACAUCAAAGCUGGUUCGGGUGGACAUGGAGAUGAGCAAUUUCAACGAAUUAUCCAGGAGAUUGUGGAAAGAUCUAAUGGUGUUUUUCUUUGGGUAUUCCUCGUCGUUCGCUCCCUCAACGAUGGUUUCACAAACGGCGAUAGUAUCACGACCUUGUACGCUCGACUACGGGGACUUCCCAGGGACCUGGAGCCAUUCUUUCAGCAUAUGCUAGAUCAAAUCGACGAAAUUUAUCGCGAGCAAAUGGCCGUGUCUUUCAAAUACACUCUCGACGCUAUCGAGCCACUCACCCUGCUUACCAACUCGUUCCUCGAUGAAGAUGAUCCAGAUCUCGCCUUCAAGACAGAAUUCAAAGCUUUAGAUCCUGGUGAACUAUUGCGAAGGCAUUCGGUCUUGGAGCGGCGCAUUAAUGCAAGGUGCAAAGGGCUGUUGGAAGUUUACGCUGAGUCGCUGACUCUUCGGGGCUCUUUGCUUUUGGAGGCCACCGUGUUGAUUUCUUCCAUCGGACGGUUCGCGACUUUCUCAAAUUGGAAGAAUCACAAGCCCUGCUGGUCCGCCACGUCCCUAAAUCUUUCAAUGCCAGCUUGUCUAUUUGCAGAGCAUACUUAAUUCUUAUAAAGACCAUGACCCUCACAGACCAUCGCACUCUACCAACACACCUGGAUCUCCUCAUGUGUUACGCUUGUAGGGCGGAGCGAGAGCUCGGCACACCCGACACGGAGUUGCUCGAUGAACUUGAG